GAGUUCACCCUUCGCAACAUGGCAGAAGCUCCUCCAAGCCUCCACAGCACCGGCGUUUAACCGCAGCUCCGCGUCCGUCUUUUUACGCUUUGCGACCAGACUGAGUGCAAUAUUGUGAUGGAUAAUCUUCAUAUGAGGGACUGACACGCCUGCUGUGAGCUGUAAUAGGAGAUCAGUUCUGUACCUUCGGCUUGGCUUCGCUCCAUCAUGACCAAAGAGGAGGAGAUCCCCGACUGGGUGGGAGCCAAAGAGUUCUACGACAAGUAUGAGCCCAAGGAGAUUCUGGGAAGGGGGGUGAGCAGUGUGGUGCGUCGCUGCGUCGACAAGCGACUGUCUCAGGAAUACGCAGUGAAGAUCAUCGACAUCACCCCCUCCGACAAGAUGACUCCGCAGGAGAUCGAAGAGAUCAGAGAGGCGACGGUGAAGGAGAUUGACAUCCUCAAGAAAGUGUGCGGACGAGACAACAUCAUACAGCUCAAAGACUGCUAUGAGUCCAAAGCCUUCUACUUCCUGGUUUUUGACCUGAUGAGGAAGGGUGAACUUUUUGACUACCUCACAGAGAAAGUUACUCUGAGUGAGAAAGAAACCAGGAAGAUCAUGCGCGCUCUGCUGGAAGUGGUCCAGUUUCUGCACAGCCAGAACAUCGUCCACCGGGACCUAAAGCCUGAGAACAUCCUUUUAGAUGACGAGAUGAACAUCAAACUCACUGACUUUGGCUUUGCUGUGCAAAUCAAGCCAGGACAGAAGCUCAAAGAGGUGUGUGGGACUCCUGGUUAUCUUGCUCCUGAGAUCAUCGAGUGCUCCAUGGAUGCAGGAAAUGCAGGAUACGGUACAGCUGUGGACAUAUGGAGUGCAGGUGUCAUCAUGUACACGCUGCUUGCAGGUUCUCCGCCCUUCUGGCACAGGAAACAGAUGCUGAUGCUGCGUAUGAUCUUGGCAGGGAAGUACGACUUCUCAUCUCCAGAAUGGGAGGACCGCUCAGACACUGUUAAAGAUUUGAUCUCUCGGAUGCUCGUGGUGGAUCCAAAGCAGCGUUACACGGCUUCAGAGGCUCUCAGCCACUCGUUCUUUUCUCAGUAUGUGGUGGACGAAGUUCGACAGUUCAGUCCAUACAGGCGGUUCAAGGUGAUUUGCAUGACUGUGCUCGCCACAAUGCGAAUCUACUGCAACUACCGCCGUGCCAAGCCCGUCACCAAGGAGGUGAUCAAGAGUGACCCGUACGCCGUCAAGCCCAUCCGCAAGCUCAUCGACGCCUGCGCCUUCAAGAUCUACGGUCACUGGGUGAAGAAAGGCCAAACUCAGAACAGAGCAGCACUUUUCGAGAACACUCCCAAAGCCAUCCUGCUGUCCAUAGCGGCCGAAGCAGACGAGCCGGCGCAACAUAUCUGGUAACGCACUUAUCAAGGAGGACCGAUCAGCUGGGGCUGCUUACCCUGCUGUGUAAAAGAAAGACUACUACCAGACAAGUCUCAUUUCAGUUUGUCUCUAAUGUGGACCGCAUACUUUACUCAUGAACUGCAAAAUGCAGCAGUGGGAUUGAUUUACCUCAAGUCUUCAAUCUUCAGUGACAAGUUAACAAUUUGCAUGCUUUCUUUUCUAAAUGUUGAUUAAGAUUAGUCUAAAAAUAAGAUUUACUGUUCGAAGAAAAGGCCUUGAACACAAUAUUUAACUUUAAAUGAAGCCAUUCUCAACUGUAUAUCCUCUGAAAAUUGACUUGUGCCAGUUUUAUGUGAAACGCAACCUCUCAAUUAUGUCAAAGAGUUUCUUCUACAAACUGCAGGAAUUUCCAAAAUCUCAAAACUUGACAGAAGGUUUCUUCUUAUCUGCUACUGUCUGGAAUAUAUAAACUGUAUUUAAUGUGUGGUUCAAAGAGUAGGUAGUGCUAGUAUGUUACUCUUUUUCUUCUAAACGUGUCAGAACUGUGAAAUCUUGGCUGCAAAACAUGUGGAAAUAUAGUUUAGCAGGACUGGAAUAUAAAACAGUGAACCUGCAUAUUUUAAAAGGAAUGGACUUACAGUUAUUUGAUCAUUAUGUAGCAUGUUGUACUGUACUGACAACAGCUCCAACGUCAGUUUAAAUUAUGAUAGCACUUUACAUUGUAUGCUAUGAAAGUAUUUAUUAAAACUUGCAUUUCAUGUAAAACCUAAA